CGAUGCUGCAGCUCCUGACUUUCCUGGUGGAGAGAAUCUCUCUUCUGUUCAGACUCAGGUGUUUGGAGCUCAGCUGGUCGGAGUGCGGAGAAGGCGAGCGCCGUUUCCAGCCCGGCCCGCCGGCCCUGCGCAGGGGAGACCUGCUGGAGGUCCCCAGGACCAUCUUCACCCACUUCGGCAUCUAUAUCGGUGACAAUAAAGUUGCUCACCUGAUCCCCGACAUCCUCCCCGUGUUUACAAGCAACAGCAAGCUCAUCAGUGCCGUCAUCACCAAUGACAGGCUCAUCCUCGGCUGCAUGUACAGGCGCGCCACCGUGCGCGUGGACGCGCUGGAGGAUUUCGCAUAUGGCUCCAGCAUCCUGGUUAACCGCCCGGAUAAGACGAUGAAGUUGCAGCCGUUUUCAAGCGAGACUGUGGCCCAGAGGGCCGAGAAACUCAUCGGGGCAUUUCCAUACAGCCUGCUGUGGAACAACUGUGAACAUUUUGUGACAUACUGCAGAUAUGGAUCUGCGAAAAGUCUGCAAACAGAGAAGUUCUUUGAAGGCCUGAAAUCAGUUAUCAGAGACCAGCGCAGCGUCAUCAUCACGGGGCUUCUUGGACUUAUCUCCGUUGUCUACUUUGGUAUGGCCCUUACGACUACAUUACCCACAAUCCUGAUUCCCUUCACUCUGUGGAUGGCUGGUUGAGGGAGUUACCUUGCUGAACUUGCAGAGAAACUGAACUGGACUCUAAAUACUGAAUUGAACAGUCUCAUCAUAUGGUGCCUUGUGUUUUGCAAACAAACUUUAAUCUUUUUCAUCUAGGUUAUCUUCAAUGUUUUGCAUUAUGGCAUGCAUUAAUAGUUUCUUGCUGUUUACUCAUCUGUGUAGGGACAUAUAUUGCAUAUUUGAUAAAAGAUUAGAGUGAUUCAUUCUUAUUCUUUUCUCAUUCGCCACAAAAGUGAGUUUACUCUGGAAAUCAAAGCGUAUGUCGAUGUGUAUACUGUAUAAAUGUAUAGUAGCAACGGAUGAAGCUGUAAAUAUGAUGAUUGUAUAAUAAAGUUUAUUUUUACUUGA